GUGUUUUUUUGUUAAGUGUGUACUUACUGAUAAGGUAAUUGAUGAUCAGUGUGUGCACAUCCCUCACAUGUUUUGUUCGUUCGAGCACGCACGAGGUUGAAGAAUGAAUCGAACAAUUGGUCACGUUUGUUUUUGAUUUCUGGCUGCGAAAUGUUUGUUACUUGACUCAUAACGGCAAUGAGCUUGGCUACUGAAAAAGUAUUAAAUUUACCUUGUAGUACUACCGUGGUUGUCGUUGUUUCAUUUGAGAGUGAUGUUAAUGUACAGCUUUUUGUGCUAACGAAUAUGGUUUUAGUUGUGAAAAAUGUAUUCGACUUUCAGUAAAGUAGACGAAUAUGGAUUUGAGCGACCCGAAAAUUUUAAUUAUGAAUCGUACGAAGAGUUUAUGUCUGAAUACUUGAAGGUACUUGCCAAAAGAGCUAAGAAAUGGUCUGAAAUAAUUGGGGAAGGCAAAUCAGUGCAACGCAGUAUUACAAUAAAAAGAUACGUCCGCAAGGGUGUUCCUAGUGAACAUAGAGGAAUGGUAUGGCUUUCUGUAAGUGGUGGAGAAGAAUUAAGAAAUAAAUCUCCAAAUUUAUAUCAACAGAUACUAAGUGAUACUCAUGACCAACAAAUUAGUGAUAUUAUAAAAACAGAUCUUCCACGAACCUUUCCUGACAACAUAUUUUUCAACAAUACAGAUCGUCAUCAGCGUCAAUUGUUUAAUAUCCUGUUAGCCUUUGCACAUCAAAACCAAAAAGUUGGAUAUUGUCAAGGCUUAAAUUAUAUAGCUGGCCUAUUAUUAUUGGUAACAAAAUGCGAGGAAACGGCAUUUUGGUUGUUAAAAGUAUUGAUAGAAAAAAUUUUACCCGAGUAUUACACUCCUACCAUGAAAGGACUGUGCAUAGAUAUAGAUGUUUUGGCUGAACUUGUAAGAUAUAAAGAACCAGAAGUAUUUCAACAUGUGACAAGAAUCGGACUUCCAUGGGCUGUCAUAGUGACUAAGUGGUUGAUUUGUCUUUUUGUAGAUAUUUUGCCCACCGAAACAACUUUAAGAAUUUGGGACUGUAUUUUUUAUGAAGGCAGUAAAGUAAUUUUUAGAGUUGCUUUAACAUUGAUCAAAAGAAAUAAAGAGAAGCUUCUUGCUUGCAAGGACUUUGCUGACUUAGCAGAGUGUUUCAAAAUAAUCACUAAGGAUAGAAUUGCUCUUCAAUGCCACGAUUUUAUGCAGAGCAUAUUCAAAGUUCCUGGCUCUCUACCAAACAACACGAUAAUAAAGCUGCGAGCUAGAAUAGAACAAAUUCAAGCCGAAAGAUAACGUUAAGUUUAAGAAACUUUAUCCACUGACAGCCUCUAGUCAACUUAAUAAUAAUUUUGUUAUACUUUUUACAUAGUUUGAUACAGUUUUACCGUGUUUCCUAUUUAAAUGUGCUAUUUAUAACAUAAAAAUUGUUAAAAUGUCUUUACAAGAUAUUCAUGUUUGUAAUUUUAGGUACAGGUAUUUUAAAGUUGUUAAUUGUAAUUAGAUGGUUUAAGAUGUUAAUCGCGGAGCCGAUAAAUUUUAUGAUUCUCAAUAGGUACAUUUUUAUUUCGUUGUUUGAAUAAAGCUAUAUAUAGUAAAUAUAUGUAGAUCAGAUAUAAAAAUGGUCUAGGGAAUUCAAUUGCGGCGUUUCCAGUGGUGUUGCCAUUGGGGUUGGCUUUGAACGUCCCUUGCUGACCGACAUAUGGCUCCUGCCACAGUGUCUACGCGAAGAGUGGCAGGAGUUUCAGUACUCGUUACUCGACAACUCAGUUGUCAGUUCCGGUACUCGGAUUUUUGUGCUUAAGGCUGAAAAAAAAAAAUGCUACAGUGGUGGUCGUACAGUGGCAACUCGUACACUGUAUCCAAUUAGCAUAAAAAUUGUACCGACGUA